AUGAAGAGCAAGGGACGAGCAAGGAGCAAGCGUGUUGGCCCAACGAGCGACAUUCUCAUGCAGGUGCAGGUUCCUGUAGUCAGUGUGGAUGAUUGCGCCGAAUCUUAUAACGAUAAUUACGCGAAGAUCACGAAUAGCUCGAUAUGUGCUGGAUACAGCGAGGGAGGAAAAAGUGCUUGUCAGGGUGACAGCGGAGGACCUCUAAUGUAUGGCAACGAUACAACCUUUUAUCAGAUAGGUGUAGUUUCUUUCGGCUACAAAUGCGGUCAACCGAAAUAUCCUGACGUCUACACUAGAAUUACCGAGUUCCUCGACUUCAUUACAUCAGCAAUGAAACAACAAUAA